GUUUUCGCUUCCAAUUUUUUUGAAGUUAGCAGCGGAAGUUUGAAAAUAGCAACGUGAUAUCACUCUGUCGUGUUCCAUGCUUGUUUCAGCAACUUAUCAGGAGUAAAACGCUCCUAGAAGGGGGAAAAUAGCCUCUGCUAUAAGCAGUGACUUCAUACGUGACUUGGAUCAUCCACACAACGUAGCAGAAGAUUGCAGGGACUUCCAAAUUUGUUUACUAAGCACGAAGCUAACAACUGGAUUUCUUUAGUAAAGUAUACGUGGGUUUUAUGCUACGUUGUUAUAAACAGAACUUUCCGCUUUCUCUUUUUGGCUGAUCUGAUUUAAGAGUGCCUACUCGAUAAGAAUUUGCCCUUCCACAAUGUUGAGUGCGCAACAACACGAGUCUGGGAUGAUGAAGAUGAUGGACGAGCGAUUCGAUUUGCAAAGUUACAAUUCACAGUCGUCAUCUUACAGCUCAUUUUUGAGUGAUCAAGAACCUGGAAGCCACACUGGCGACAGUUUUAACGGCUUUGAUCAUCAAGAAGCCCAUAGAAUAAACAACGCGGACAAAAGAGAUAUGUUAGAUUACGAACAUGAAUUUGAUAGCGUGGAGAAGAGACUAAAGACUUUCACAAGGUGGCCGGUUGACAGUCCUGUAAAUCCACGUGAUCUAGCGGCGGCGGGAUUCUAUUCUUCGGAGUUUGCUCUGGACGAUCUGGUUGUGUGCUUCAAAUGUGAUCUGCAUCUAAAGCAAUGGAAACCUGGGGAUGACCCCUGGAAAGAGCACAAACAGCGUAAUCCAGGUUGCCCUUUUAUUCGCGAAUGGGAAACUGAAAAUGGUAUUUCAGUAGUCGAUGGCCCACUUGCACCGUCUUCUAAAUAUCAAAACCUUCCAAGAUAUCAACAUUUAAACCAUCAAGAAGAACCUCAGUACGGUGAUGUUGUUUUAGGUACAAUAUCAUCAUCUUAUCUUGAUCGUAAUGGAGUGCCAUACUCUGAGAGGCCACCAUAUUUUACAGCAGGGGAGUAUGGUUACCCAGAGCAACCUUAUUACCCAGCUAGGGAGCGAGACUUUCUUCGAAGUAAUUCUACCCAGUUUCAACUUCCCGAACAACAGAGAGAAGGCACUGAAACUAAUGGUCAUUUUGUGGUGCGACAAGGAUCUAGCCAGGUACACAUACUUGGAUCAGGAGCAAAAGUCUAUCAGCUUAACCCUAAAGAUAAAUUAGUUAUUCAUUCUGGAAGCCAAGGCAACCACCUGCAACAGAUUGGAUCAGUGAGGUAUCCAGAAGUAAAUAGAUUUCCCUCCAACUUUGGAACAAGUUUUACAGUUCCAAGGGAGCACAUUCAGCACAGGUUACCAAGAACAGAGGAGCAGACAUCCGGCAGAUAUUAUCCACCUGGAUCAUCAGUUUCUACAAGCAAGAACGAGCAGUUUGAAAACCAGCCUGGAUAUGAGUACUCCAUUGAAGAAAGCUUUCGUGAAGGAAAACGAACUGCUGAGUUUCAGAGAAGUGUCAGCCACAGCGUUGCCCUGCCUCAAGAAGAAAAUGCAAAGUAUGCACUGCAGCGGGAUAGAAGCCAGAGUGAGGGACAGCUAAGAUAUAUGAAUACCAUGUAUAAGACAAGUGCACCAAACCAACCACCAUUUUCUCAAAACAUAUCUGGACAGACACCAUACAAACUGCACAGAUCAGAGCAAACAAUUCCUAACGAAGAAGAAUUGAUACAGGAAAAUUGUUCUCGACAGUAUCCUGAGGCAAGGGAAACUGGUCCUCACCAACCCCCUGUGGAGACCAACAAUUGGCAAACUUCCCAUGGUCCCACUGGUCAGGGAUCAAAACGACCCACCCUAUUUGUUGCCCGUCCUGUAGUGGAUCCAAGCCUGCAGCCCAGACAACAGCCGUUGAUAAGGCAUGAGGAUGCGCGUCAUAUUUCAUCGCCUGCUGACCUUGCAAGCGAGCAUCAUCGUCUCACCACAUUUGUUGAUUGGCCCCAUGACCAUCCAAUCAGACCUUUGGACUUGGCAGCAUCUGGGUUUUACUACCUGGGAAGAGAUGAUUGCGUCAAAUGCUACAGGUGCGGUGUAGGUUUGAAUAACUGGGAGCCCACAGACACCCCGUGGGGUGAGCAUCAAAAGCAUAAUCCUACAUGCCCACUUGUCUUGGAGUAUUUUUCUGGCCGAUUGUCUCUACGUGAACACCCUGCCCCCAGGCAAAGCACAACAACUGAAGAUCGUUUUACAACUCCCCAAGAGUCAUUCCAGUAUCGUCAUCCCCAACACAGCCAUGAUCUUCAGGAUCGACAGGUAGUAAUAAUAGUAACAACUACUACUACAAAGACGAGCUAUUUUUAGUCUUCCAAGUAGACUAGUUACAUAACAUGGUCCCUGAAUUUGAAUGAUAAUCCUUACACAUCCAAAGCCUCAUUUAUCUGAAAAACUCCUUUGUUUUCUGAAAUUAAAUUCAGGGCCCAAGGUGUGUAAUUAUUGCCAUUCUGAUACUGGGGCCCCAGUUAUGCAAAUGAUUUGUGAAAUAAAAUCAGUCCUUGUCUUUUAAUACCCAGGAAAACUACCGUAAUCAGCCCAUCAAAAUGUUCAGCUCGAAGCAACGACAAAGAUUGAUUAUUAAGUCACAAGUUAAAGACAUAAAAAAAGUUAGAAAAAAAUCGAGCUUUACUCUACAAUUAGCCAUUUCAGAGUUGCGUAGGGAAUUGGGGCGAGUCUCAAAUUUAAACUUCCGGUAAUCGAUAAACUGACACCACCAUAUAAAAAGUCAUGUUGAGAUUGGUUGUUUGACCAAGUUUGAGUGCUCUAAGGUUGAACAGAGAUCAGUCUCUUGAAACAUGGUUAAAGAUACAUACAAAUGUCUGUAAUUUUCUGACAGUGUCCCCCAAAACCAUAUAAACUCUUUAAAUAUCUUUAAGUUUUUCUGUUAAACUGUAAAAUUCAUCAGGCAUCUACUACUUGGAAGGAACUAAUUUGAAAACCACUAUGUUUUAAGCCCUUUUUCAGGAAUAUUACAGAAAUCGUGAAAAAAAUUAAGAGUUUAUGUGGUUUUGGCAAAAGGUAGGAAAAAAUAGACACCAAAACAUUUGAGAAAAAUUAAAAACCCAAAACAUUCAAAGCAGGAAAUAAUGUACUUUAUACUAGCGUCAAUGUAUUUACCACCAAAUUACUAAUUGAGGACUGUUCUGCCCCAAAAUGAUCCCGACUCCAAAAUGAUCGCCAAAUCGCCCCCGAAAUGACACCGACCCUAAAAUUAUCCCCAUUUCUCUUCAAGUCGACCCCAAAUUGAUCCCGAAUUAAUUCUUGGAAUGGGAUGUUAUCCUAGAACUAUGGAUCCGUUAAAAUACACAACAUUAAGUUAAGUUUCACUAAUAAUCUUCACUUGCCCACAUUCUUUAAUGACAUUAAUUUGGGAUUACACUUUGAAUUGGAUUAAAUGAAAAUAAUAUUUAAUACACAAAGUCUACUAUAUUUUUAGUAACACCAUUAACUGCGACUGAUAACAUCAAGAAACAUAACAUUUUUUAUUAUUAUUACUUUGGUGAUUAUAGCCCGGGUUAUAGAGAAAACAGCAUGGGUGUUUAAAACACCAUUUUUAAAAUUCAAUAUCCAAGGCAUGCAGUUUUAACAUCAUUUUUAGAAUUUUUGACUGCACGCCUUGGAUAUUGAAUUUUAAAAGUGGUAUUUUAACACCUUUGAAAAUUUUAAAUGAUGUUGAAGGUGCAAAAGUAGACAUAAAGGCGAUUAGAUGACAAAAGCGCUAAAAAAUCCCAUGAACCGGAGUGAAAUGUUAAAUGCGAUUCAGGAACGUAAACGCUGCAACAUACUUGUAAUAAUUCCGUGAUGGAAUACCAUUCCAUUCCAAGAAUUAAUUGGGGAUCAUUUCGGGGUCGAUUUGGGGAUCAUUUCAGGGUUGGGGCUCAUUUCGGGGUCGGGAUCAUUUCGGGGGCUGUCAGGACACUAUUGUGACGUCUUCAAUCGAAGACGGGACCGCCAUUUUAUGUUAUCAUCCGAGCCACGCGAAGGUGUAGUCGUACUUUCAUUUCUAAUUCAUUUUAAGACCCUGAAUAAUUGGUUCGGUCCUGGGAAUCGAACCCACGACCUCCCGCUCUGCAGUCAAGCGCGCUACCGACUGAGCUAGUCCUGUAAUGGGAAUACUAAACUCCUUGAAUAAACUUAUCACCCUCAGGUGCCAAUUAGGAGUGGUGAUUUACCUGUUCAUGGCACUUGGGGUAGAUCAGAGUCCUACCCACCUCCUGCGGUUUCUAGAGUUGUGACGCAACAGAAUCAGCAACACCCGUACUGGGCUACGCAACCUAUGACUAGCUCACAAGAAGAGGGUUAUAUGACCAGCAGACGCCAGUCGGGUUCAAGCUGCAGCGAAUCUGGUUCAACCCAGAAACAGCGAUCUUGUUCUCCCAGAGGCAGCGCUGCACUGGAAUUUGACAUGGAAAAACUCGCCGAGAUGGGUUUCACGCAACAGCAAGUAAACGAUGCAAUGGAAGAACGAUUAGAAGUGACCGGCUCAACGUUUCCGACCUACACGGAUCUUGUUUCUGCUCUUUUGGAGAAACAAGCUCAGCAACAGCUAAGCCUUCAGACGUGUUCGCCAACAACGCAGCAAAGAUGCGAACCUGCGUCUCCUCCUCCUCCCCGUCUAGCUAUCCCCACAGAUAUCACAAGUUCCCAUUCGAGGGAAAACCACUUCUUCCCGGAGAGGAAUUGUGUUAGUGCCGUGACGUCACCGACCACUACAGCUCCCGACGUAAACAGUCUACGCCGAUCUUUCAGUACGCCGGCGCGGAGUCCCUCCGAAUCAGGCGAAGAAUCACUCGAGGAAAAACUGGAAAGAAUGCAGGAGGAACGCCUGUGUAAGAUUUGUAUGGACGCCGAGGUAAGCAUGGUGUUUCGUCCUUGCGGUCAUUUGACUUGCUGCGUGGAUUGUGCUAGCGGGGUAGAGUUAUGCCCCAUGUGUCGAGCGCCUAUACUGGAGAAGUUUCGUACCUAUUUGUCUUGA